AUAAUUCCAGUCUCAGUGAUCAGCAGCACAGGUAGGAGACAGAGAAGGUCCAGGAGCUUCAGAAGGCUGUUCUGCGAUUUGAUUUUUUUAGUGAAGGGUGAAAAAUGUCCACGGCGCUGGAAAUCACCGGGUUCUUGCUCGGCGUCGCGUCCUGGUUAGUAACCGGCGCCGCUUUAGCCAACGACUAUUGGAAGGUCUCGUCUUUCUCCGGUAGUGUCAUCAUCUCAAGCCGUCAGUACGAGAACCUGUGGCACGCCUGUGCUGAAGCAAGCUCCGGGAUCGCCGAGUGCCGAGACUUCGAGUCCCUGCUGGCUUUACCGGGUUAUAUCCAGGCGUGUCGAGCUCUGAUGAUCGUCUCGCUCCUCCUAGGCCUCUUCUCUAUGAUCGUGGCCAUCCUGGGUCUGAAGUGCAUUACAAUCAGGAGCUCCAGUGAUAAGGCCAAAUCUAAGAUGGCCGCCACCGGGGGCAUCCUCUUUAUCCUGGCAGGUCUCUGUUCACUGACGGCCAUCUCAUGGUACGCUGCUCGCAUUGUUCAAGACUUUCAAGACCCUUUCAGUGGAGGCAUAAAGUUUGAGCUGGGGGUGGGGCUGUACAUGGGAUGGGGCGGAGCCUGUCUCUCCAUUCUGAGCGGCGCCCUACUCUGUUGCUCCUGCAAAGGAGCAUCUUCAGGACCCAAGGGCGGAUACUACAGCAGCAGUCACACAGCGAAGAUCCACAAGCCCGUGUCGGAUUCUGAGACAGCGAGGGCUUACGUUUAAACCUCAGGGGGAAAAACCCUUUUCUGUGCAUGUAGUGUUAUUUGUUAGUCCUCUUUUUUUCUACAUAUUUUUUUAAUAUGAAGCCGAUGAUUAAUGUGGAAUCUGAUUCGUUAUUAAUUCAGUAACAGACCAAUGUAUGGACUUUGGAUGUGAUGUAAUAAUGUGAUCAUUAUUGAGAUCGAUCUGUAUUGUGUUGUUUGUUUUUAAAAAAAAAAGUUUGUCUUGGAAUUUAAUAAAGCUGAAUUGACUGGACCAGAUCUCUGAGGAACAGGAAGUAAUGUCCAGAUCUCACUUCACAAAUAUAAAGAGAAAAAGUGAACCCUUUCAUAGCUGGGGAAUAAAAUAUGGCGCUGUUUUAUCUGCAGAA